AUGAUGACAGCGGGAGGGAGAUCACGUCGACACCAGGGCUGGGGUCAAACAGGUCAAAAAGGCAGACCAACGAGAUAUGAAGAUCCUUCGGCCUUUUAUUAUCCUCCGAUCGAAGAUGGACGUGAGGUUAGGAGCAACGGUCCAUCUUUAUCUGCCCCGUCUCCUCCGCCUUGUCUACAUGUGAUCCCGGCUCUGUCUAUCGAUAGCGGGGUUACUAUCGCCGAAAAGAGAUCCCCAGAAGUUAUCCUAUCUUGGUCCAUAUCCUGUACUCCGCAUCCCAUCCUCCGCGGAGACUACACCCACAGACCUCGAUACCCGCAGUAUUUCACCCCAGCCUUCGCCGAUGUGGAGGGAUUCUCCCGGUAUCAUGGCACGGCUACACCGCAUGAAUAA